AUGUCUACCGCUACCAUACAGGAUGAAGACAUUAAAUUUCAGAGAGAAAACUGGGAAAUGAUAAGGUCACACGUUUCACCCAUAAUAUCCAAUUUAACAAUGGACAACUUACAGGAAUCGCACAGAGACUUAUUUCAAGUCAAUAUACUUAUUGGCCGCAACAUAAUUUGUAAAAAUGUUGUGGAUUUUACUCUGAACAAACAGAAUGGCAGGCUAAUCCCUGCUUUAUCCGCUUUGAUUGCCUUGCUAAAUUCUGAUAUUCCAGAUAUUGGAGAAACUUUAGCAAAAGAACUAAUGUUAAUGUUCGUGCAGCAAUUCAAUCGCAAAGAUUACGUGUCCUGCGGAAAUAUCCUUCAAUGUCUGUCCAUUUUAUUUCUUUAUGAUGUAAUUCAUGAAAUCGUGAUCUUACAGAUUCUAUUGCUACUCCUUGAAAAGAAUUCUUUACGACUGGUCAUUGCCGUGAUGAAAAUAUGUGGCUGGAAACUUGCACUUGUCAGUAAGAAAACCCAUGAUAUGAUUUGGGAGAAGUUAAGAUAUAUUUUGCAAACACAGGAGUUAUCUAGUACACUACGUGAGUCGUUAGAGACUCUGUUUGAAAUAAGGCAAAAAGAUUAUAAAUCUGGGUCUCAAGGUCUGUUUAUAUUGGACCCAACUAGUUACACAGUUCAUACGCACUCCUAUAUUGUUAGUGAUGAGGAUGAAGCCAACAAAGAACUGGGAAAUUUUGAAAAGUGUGAAAAUUUCAAUGAACUAACCAUGGCGUUUGAUACGCUACGACAGAAGCUGCUGAUAAAUAAUACGUCCGACACAAAUGAAGGUAGUAACAGUCAAUUACAAAUCUAUGACAUGACAUCUACCAAUGAUGUCGAGUUUAAAAAGAAGAUUUAUUUGGUUCUGAAAAGUUCAUUAUCAGGUGACGAAGCGGCUCACAAAUUGCUAAAAUUAAAGAUUGCGAACAAUUUGAAAAAAAGCGUGGUAGAUAUAAUCAUCAAAUCUAGUUUGCAGGAAUCUACAUUCUCUAAAUUUUAUUCUAUUUUGUCCGAACGUAUGAUAACGUUCCACAGGAGUUGGCAGACAGCUUACAAUGAAACUUUUGAGCAGAAUUAUACACAAGAUAUCGAAGAUUAUGAAACUGACCAACUGCGAAUCUUAGGUAAGUUUUGGGGACACUUAAUAUCUUAUGAAUUUCUUCCAAUGGACUGUCUUAAGAUAAUUAAGUUAACUGAGGAAGAAUCGUGUCCUCAAGGAAGAAUUUUCAUCAAAUUUUUAUUUCAAGAGCUCGUAAAUGAGCUCGGAUUAGAUGAGCUGCAAUUAAGGCUAAACUCCAGCAAGCUUGACGGAAUGUUUCCGCUGGAAGGAGACGCCGAACAUAUAAGAUACUCCAUAAAUUUCUUUACUGCCAUAGGAUUGGGCCUGCUCACAGAGGACAUGAGAAGCCGGUUGACAAUUAUUCAAGAAGUUGAGGAUGCAGAGGAAGAAGAAAAAAAAUUGAGAGAAGAGGAGGAACUUGAAAAGUUACGGAAGAAGGCCAGAGAGUCACAACCAACCCAAGGGCCAAAAAUUCACGAAUCCAGGUUAUUUUUACAGAAGGACACCAGAGAAAAUAGUAGAUCAAGAUCGCCAUUCACAGUGGAAACAAGAAAACGUGCUAGAUCCAGAACUCCACCAAGAGGAUCGAGAAACCAUCGUAACAGAUCCAGGACUCCGCCUGCAAGAAGGCAACGGCAUAGAUGA